AUGCUUCUGAGGAAGCGACCCAGGAAUGGACGUUGCAGGCUUCAGUUCCUCCUGCUCUUCCUGACACUGGGAUGUGUCCUGAUGAUGGUGACCAUGCUGCAACCUCCCCCGCCCACCUUGCACCAGGCAGUCACAGCCCAGGCCAGCAAACACAGCUCUCACACUGGGUAUCGGCUGGACUUUGGGGACUCCCAGGAAUGGGUUCUGGAGGCUGAGGAUGAGAGUGAGGAGUACACCUUCUUGGAUGGCCUGCCACCCUUCAUCUCCCUGCAGGAGGAUCAACUGCUGGUGGCUGUGGCUUCACCCAGGGCUAGGAGGAAUCAGAGCCAGGGCAGGAGAAACCAAGGCAGCUACCAUUUCAUCAAACACCCCGGCUGGAGGCGGGAUGAGGAAGCCCAUGAGAGGGAUUGGAGGACAGAGGACGAUGGGAAGGAAUCAGAGGAGGAGGCACCGACCCCACUCAGCCUGGACUCAGAUGGCCUCAACAAGGUACUCAGUGCCGGCUGGCCCCUGAGGAGAGUCCUGCCUGAGGUCCGGCACCCGAUGUGUCUGCAGCAGCACCCUGCAAGCGGCCUGCCUACAGCCAGUGUCAUCCUCUGCUUCCAUGACGAGGCCUGGCCCAUGCUCUUGAGAACCGUGCAUAGCAUCCUGAACACCGCACCCAGGGCCUUGCUGCAGGAAAUCAUCCUUGUAGAUGACCUCAGCCAGCAAGAACAACUGAAGUCUGCUCUCAGUGACUACGUGGCCAGGCUGGAGGCUGUCAAGCUGCUCAGGAGCAACAAGAGGCUUGGCACCAUCAGGGCCCGGAUGCUGGGGGCUACCAGAGCCACAGGGGAUGUCCUGGUCUUCAUGGAUGCCCACUGUGAGUGCCACCCUGGAUGGCUGGAGCCCCUCCUCAGCAGAAUAGCUGAUGACAGGAGCCGAGUGGUGUCUCCAGUCAUAGAUGUGAUUGACUGGAAGACACUUCAGUACUCUGCAUCCAAGGAGCUGCAGCGAGGGGUGCUGGACUGGAAGUUGGAUUUCCGAUGGGAGCCCCUGGGGGAGCAGGAUCAGAAGGCCCUCCCAUCCCCCAUCAGCCCUAUCAGGAGCCCUGUGGUACCUGGAGAGGUGGUGGCUGUGGACAGACAUUACUUCCAAAACACUGGAGCUUAUGAUCCUCUCAUGUCACUACAGGGUAGUGAAAAUCUCGAGAUGUCCUUCAAGGCCUGGCUUUGCGGUGGCUCCGUUGAAAUCCUUCCCUGCUCUCGAGUGGGACACAUUUACCAAAGCCAAGACAGCAUCUCCAGGACUGACCCUGAGGUCAUCUUGAGGAACAAGGUCCGCAUUGCUGAGACUUGGCUGGGGUCCUUCAAAGAAACUUUCUACAGGCACAUUCCAGAAGCCUUUGCCCUGAGCAAGGUUGCAAAGCCGGACUGCAUGGAGCGCCUGAAGCUGCAAAGGAGGCUGGGUUGUCGGACAUUCCACUGGUUUCUGGCAAAUGUCUACCCUGAGUUGUAUCCAUUUGAGCACAGACCCAGGUUCUCUGGAAAGCUCCACAACACUGGACUUGGCUUCUGUGCAGACUGCCAAGCACAAGAGGACAUCCUGGGCUGCCCCAUGACAUUGGCCCCUUGCAGUAACAACCGACAGCAACAGAACCUGAAGCACACCAGUAGGAAGGAGAUUCUCUUUGGCAGCCAACAGCAGCUGUGCUUUGAUGUCAGAGGAGAACAGGUGGUCCUGCAGAACUGCAGGGAGGAAGGUCCUGCUGUCCAUCAACAGCACUGGGACUUCCAGGAGGAUGGAAUGAUCACCCACAUUGUUUCUGGGAAAUGCAUGGAAGCUGGGGUCCAUCCAGACAAUAUGGAUCUGCACUUGAGUCAAUGUGAUGGGAAGACCAGGCAGCUGUGGCGAUUCGACCAGGUCCACCCUGUGGAUGAACGCUGA